GGCUAACUGGACGCCGCCUGAGGAGCAGAAGAACGAGAAAUAUGUGUAGUAAUACACCGAGUACCGACAGUUUCAGCUCCAACCAGCCCGUGUUUCCAUGUCGGUAUGUUGAGUUUGUGUUUGACGGAGGAGACGUAGCGUUUCCAUGAUGGCGGUGACCGCAGCUCAGGCGUCUCCAUGAUGGCCAGCGUGAAAAGUUAAGGAGCCACAACUUUGAGCAAGGAGCAGGAGUCUUCUCGGAGACUUUUGGCUGUUAUCUCUAAAACUGACCCCAACAUGGCUCACCCAGCUGCUGUUUCGAUUUGGGUGUUUGCUUUCAGUGUGUACCUCGGCGUGUGUGAGUGUUACUUUUCCAUACCGCUGAAGAUAUAUCCUGGAAAGUACAACUUCUCCUCGGAUGUGGAAUUGUCUCCUCUGCGGCGAGUAGCUCUAACGUCUGAUGGAAACGGCCUGUCUCUGGCCUCUGAUCCGUCUGGGACUGUCAACUUUCUGGACAUGGUCAACAACUUGCAGGGGGACUCUGGAAGAGGCUACUACAUAGAAAUGUCCAUUGGCACUCCUGGGCAAAAGCUGAACAUCCUGGUGGAUACAGGCAGCAGUAACUUUGCUGUCGCUGCAGCUCCACACCCUUUCAUUACUCACUACUUCAAUACUGCACUUUCCAGUACCUAUCAGUCGAAUGGUCGCACAGUAGCUGUCAGGUACACGCAAGGCAACUGGGAGGGUCAACUGGGCAUCGACCAUGUUUCCAUUCCAAAGGGCCCAAAUGGGACCGUCACCAUCAACAUCGCUGCCAUCCUGUCAUCUAAUGGCUUCUUCCUUCCUGGGAUCAACUGGCAGGGCAUCCUGGGAAUGGCCUAUCCUAUGUUGGCACGGCCCGACUCAUCAGUGGAGCCCUUCUUUAACUCUGUGGUGCAACAGCUGGGAAUUCCUGACAUCUUCUCUCUCCAGAUGUGCGGCGCUGGACUAUCAGCCAGCAGUGCAGCAGACCCUGCGGGCGGCAGUCUUGUAAUGGGUGGGGUUGAACCGACCCUGUAUCGAGGCUCAGUGUGGUACACGCCUAUAAUAGAGGAGUGGUACUACCAAGUGGAGGUUUUAAAGCUGGAGGUCGGGGACCAGAAUCUGAAUCUAGACUGCAGAGAGUAUAACAUGGAUAAAGCUAUAGUUGACAGUGGGACGACGCUACUCCGACUUCCCGUCAACGUCUUCAAUGCGGUGGUAGAAGCCAUCACACACAGCUCUCUGAUCCAGGAUUUCUCUUCAGGCUUCUGGGAUGGCACCAAGCUUGCAUGCUGGAUGAAGGGAGAGACCCCGUGGAGGUUUUUCCCCAAGCUGUCCAUCUACCUAAGGGCCACGAACACCAGCCAGUCCUUCCGCAUCACCAUCCUGCCUCAGCUGUACAUCCAGCCAAUCACAGACGUGGACGGCACACUGGACUGCUUCCGUUUUGGAGUGUCCUCGUCAGCUAAUGGCCUGGUGAUUGGUGCUACAGUAAUGGAAGGCUUCUACGUGGUGUUUGACCGCGCUCAGCAGAGGCUGGGCUUUGCACUCAGCACCUGUGCAGCGAGUGGUGGAGUUGCUCUGUCGGAGAUCGCGGGACCCUUUUCGGCAGCGGACGUGGCGGCCGACUGCUCCGCCGGCUCGCUGAAGGAGCCUUUAAUGUGGCUGAUCUCCUACGCCCUGAUGGCGGUGUGCGGCUUGAUCCUCAUCAUCCUGUUGCUGCUGCUCGUCCUGCCCUGCAGACGCAGAGACCGCUUCGGGGAGAUCACAGACGAGUCCUCGCUGGUCCGACACCGCAUCAAGUGACUGAGAGGAAAAGGACGGGCGAACGCAGUGAACGGGCAGGGGGGCAGCGAGCGGAACCCGUCCACAGCUGUGGAGAAGAGGGUGAAGGUCGACACGCACCGACCAGUGACACUCGACUCUGAAUGUCUGACUGACUUUAGACUGCACUCAUCAGCUUCGCCCAUGGAGGCAGACACACAGAUAGAUCAGCUGCCUCUCAAAGGGAAGACUCCCCCCCAGAACACUUCUUAAAACAGCUGUUGAUGGUGGUCCCAGUUACUUUUGGUGGUAUAUCUUCCUUCUUCUCACCAAUAAUUUGUCAAGUCUUUGCUUUAAUAUAGAGAAAGACAUCCAUCAUAGAAGAACAGGUGCAAUUUAUUCUCUCACCAGAGCUUUUAAAGACCAUAAUGCCUGGAAGCUUUUUAUUAAUGGCUAUGAUUUGCUUUUACUCAACUGGAAAGACACAUAUGCUGACAGUAUUGCCCUUCGUGCCUACAUCCACUGGAACAGAGAUUAGUUUGUGACAGCACUCAAAUCAAGUUCAGACUUCUUCUGUUAAGGGCUGCUAAAAGGUAUUUUGGGAAAUGUAGGACAUCACUAACACAAGAGAGUGAACCAAACUACAAAACAAUGAAGGAUAGAAAACUGUGGAUUUAAGGACACAAGUACAUCCCUGAUCUCCAAGCAAACUGAGUAUUAUAACUAUCUGAGGGGAGACAAUUUAGUUGAAUGUGCCUUUAAAGAUGAUAAUCUGCAACUGACAGAUCUUUCACAUAGCUUUUUAAAAUCCAGCGCCAACUCUGUCAUCAGUUCAAAGUGCCUUCUUAUAUUCUGAAGCUACUGUAACUUCCAGGGGUCUUCUGUGAUGUAAAAUUAUUGCCUUUCUAUAUUGAAGUUGAGGAGGAAAGCUGCUCAAAUAACCACUUUUUAGUUCUACACAUGUUUACAGCGCCUGUAGUGUCUUUCAGUCUCAGCUCACCACUAAGACAAAUUGAUUAACAGUAUCAGCAGCUUGAGACUUACUCUGCUGAAAUGCACUUUGUUUCUGAAGUUGAUCAAAAGUGUAAUGUAAAGCGACAGAUUUACAAUAUCUUCUCAAUCUGAUAUGCAAUUUGUUGUAUUCAUCUAAUUUAUCUAGUUUUGCAUACAUGCAGCUUUAUAUUUGAAUCUUUUGAAUGUGAUUGUAUUGUUAUUCCAAAUCUUUGCUUUUUAGAGUAGAUGUUCAAGGGUAUUUAUACCGCAUAGUUUACACAAAUCAAACACUAAAGUAGAAGCCAAAGGAAUUCUGACACUUUGGAAGCAUAACUCCUUAUAAUUUACAUCUGGACUACAGACUUAACUUUAUAGCAAAGCCGACUGAUCUGUUAGCAAUAAAAAAUGUUACUGAAUGUCAUUUUUCAGACUUUUCACACUAGUGACAGUUUCUUUGAAUCAGUUAUAUGCAAAAGAAGCUCCUCUACUGAGUCUGUGCAGCACAAUCAGUCUGAAAUUUUGUUGAUUUUGACGAGAAUACGAUUGUUGACCCAGGCUGUCUAUAUGUCACUUUCUGCCAAAAUUUAAAGUCGUAAAAUUGUUUAGUCAAAGGUACACUUGAAUCCUUGAAUGUUCACUUAUUUAUGAGUGCGCCUGACUGUGCCAAAAUUCUACUUGUCCUGUAAAUAAAGUAACUUGUGACAAAUCAAA